ACUAAUAUUUAAAUUUGUUGAUGUUCUGAAACUCUUAAAGGUAUAGUGAACAAACUAUACUUCCGGGGGUAGUAUCUCCUUAUCUAUUAGUUGUCCCACAUGCCCAUCAUUGUGAUGUGCUCAUGUAACUCCACUGUCAAUGGUUGAGAGUCGCAAGAAGCAAACCGCGUACAAGAUGAUGAGAAGAAGAGGAAGGCCUCAGAAGAAAGUAAUGAGACCAAAAGUGUAUUUGAGAGAUUCUUUCACGCCAUCCCCCUGAGGAGCGGAGGAGCAGGCUGUUUCUUUCAGGUAAUUGAAAUUGUGCCAAAAAAAGCCCGUUGGGGGGGAUCCCAGGCCUCAGCCCGGGGCUCAGCAUCAGUCAUCAAGGGAAAAUAGACCGUGGAGUGGCCGCUCUCAGCUUCACCUUUCGUUCUUAAGUUAGAGAGCCACAUCUGCAACCAGCCGGGGAAGCUUUUUCUUCCGUCAGAGCAUCUUCGCUGAGAUGUCGAAUCCAGCGAGCGGUUUACCAGAGAGCGCUGACUUUGUGUCCCGGAUUGGGAUGAUGGAGGACUCCCUCGUCCUCCUGGAGCGAAACCGAUGCUCCGAAGACCCGUGGGACACGGUUGACAUCAAACCCAACAUAGAGGUGCUGGAGCGCGGUGUGCCAGGCCUCUACCUCUCCUGCUACGACAUGCUCCUCACUGAAGACGCCACCUGGGUGGUGAAAGUGUCGGAGGGGUCGCCCGCGCUGGCCGCCCCCACGAACCGCAUGGAGAGCCGGGAGGAGCCCGAGCAGUGCCCCGUCAUUGACAGCCAGGAGCACGGACUCUCCCCUGGGCUGGAGGGCCAGAUGGAGGACCGCUCUCUGGAGCAGGUGCAGAGCAUGGUUGUGGGAGAGGUGCUGAAGGACAUCGAGACAGCCUGCAAGCUGCUCAACAUCACUCCAGACCCUACGGAGUGGAACACGGGAAAUGUCCAGAAGUGGAUGCUGUGGACUGAACACCUGUACAGGUUGCCCCACGCAGGAAAAGCCUUCCAGGAGCUGACAGGGAAGGACCUGUGCGCCAUGAGCGAGGAAGAGUUUCGGCAGCGCUCCCCGCUGUGCGGAGACACACUGUACGCUCACCUGGAUAUAUGGAAGUCAGCUGCCUGGAUGAAAGAGAAGUGUUCAGCUGCAGACACCAAAACUACAGGCAGCGAGGAGCUGUGGUCCGAGGCGGAUUCAUCUUGCUCAGGUCAACCGAUUCAUCUGUGGCAGUUCCUCCGAGAGCUCCUGCUCAAACCUCACAACUAUGGCCGCUGCAUACGCUGGCUGAAUAAAGAAAAAGGUAUUUUUAAAAUCGAAGACUCGGCUCACGUGGCGAGGCUGUGGGGACUCAGAAAGAAUCGACCGGCCAUGAACUACGACAAGCUGAGCCGCUCCAUUCGGCAGUACUACAAAAAGGGCAUCAUCCGCAAACCCGACGUGUCCCAGAGACUGGUGUACCAGUUUGUUCACCCGGUAUGAGGCUCCGGGAGGCUGGGAGGAAGAGGAGGAAGAGGAGGAGGCUGGUGACAUCUACACUGGACUCUGUCUAACAAUGCACUUGAGAGCCUGAGAUGAAAAGUGACUUUGAAACACAUGCACUGAUAAACUUUCAUUGCUGUGUGAAGGCCGUCCUCUGCAGAGGGCAAUGAGGAUGAGAUGGAAAAAUAACAAAGUCUGUUGCUGUUUCUUUUUUUCUUUUCCCGCUGCAGCAUCAAGCAAACACAGAUUACGAUAAACAAACUGCCUUGCCGUUUGCAUGGUCUGCCUGUCGAUGGUCCAGUGAUUAAACUCACAUGUCAAAGCGAAAUGCAUUAACAAACAAGCUCGGGGCAGUCACCCUUGUCCCGCACUCAGUCUUGUCAUAACGUUUUUCUUCAGUCAUCUUCACAGCCAACAUGUAAUGUUGUGCGGCUGAACCUGUUGAGCCACAGCAGGCCCUUUCAAUCUCAUCUGGCAAGGAUGGACGAGGGAAAUUUAGCGGUUUUCUAGGAACUUGGACUCAGGAGUGAGAGCCUUAAAGCUCUCUGUGGCUGAGCUGAGUAAGACACUUCCUGUAAGGUGCAACGUGGUAAAAGAGUGAUAUGUUUUAUCUUGUCUGCUCUGGUUAAUAUAGCAAUAAAUAAAGCAUUUUAAGUCCCUUAAUGUUUGGAAAUGCUAAAAAGAAAAAAAAAACUGAUUACAAUCAAUUCAGUGACAUCACCAGCGUGAAAACAUAUAUAAUUAUUGGACGUGUUAAAUGAAUGACUCGGAGAGCUUUCAGCAUGAAGCAACCAUGAUGCCUAAUUCAGUGCCUUGCAAAAGUAUUCCUUCCCCUUUUGAAUCGUUCACACUUUGCCGCAUUACAGGCACAAACAUGGUUGUAUUUUAGUAAGAUUUUAUGUAAUAGAAAAACACAAAGCACUGCAUAAAUGUGAAGUGAAAGGAAACAUUUUCUAAAAUGUCUACAAAUAAUAUUCUGAAGAGUGUGGAGUGCAUUUGUGUUCGGCCCUGCUGAGUCCUCCACCAGCUUUGAACAUAGAUUUUGGCCCAGUCUCCUUUGCAGAAUAGCCCUAGUUCAGUCAGAUUGGGUGGUGAGCAGGACUUUUCCAGUCUCGCUAAAUGCUUGGUUGGGUUUAUGGACUUUAACUAGGCCAUUAUACCAGAUGAAUGUGGCUUGAUCUAAACAACUUUCUUGUAGCACUGGUCGUAUGUUUAGACUUUUGCUGUCCGACUGGAACCAAGACCCACGAAGAGGCUGAAGAGUUUUGCAGCCUGUGAUUGGUUUUCUUCCCAGAUUCUUCUGCUCCAUCCACUCUUCCAUCUGUUUGCUUUGUCCUCCACGUGACUUGUGGCAAACUGCAGAGGACAUCUUGUGGUUUUCUUUCAGCAACGACUUUCUUUCAACCACAAUUCUAAGAAAACAUAAUCUAAGAGUAGUCCUGUCGACAAUGCUGACAUGGUGAUUGUUCAUGUUGUAGGUGUGGAGUAGUGGUAUACCUCUACUGCAUUACAUUACAUUGUGGGAGGAAGGAGCUCUGUGAAAUGUUCAAGGCUUAGGAUAUUGUUUUAUAACCUAACUGCUUUAAAGUUAUCCACAACUUUACCUCCGACCUGUCUGCUGUAUUUCCUGUUGUUAAUAAUGCGGUUUUUCAACCAUUGUUCUCUAACAAGCCUCUGAGUCCUUUAGAGAGCAGCUGACUUUAUACUCAGAUUACAUUAUAAACAGACGGCUCUGGUUACUAAUUAGGUAACUUCUAAAGACAAGGCAAGUUUAUUUAUAAAGCACUUUUCAGUACUUAGACAAUUCAAAGUGCAACCAAAGGCAUUUGCUUGCACUGGAUUUAUGGGUAUAAGAUAAAAGGGGGGCUUAUUAUAUGUAAAUGUAACACAUUUUUAGAAUUUUGUUGGUAAAAAAUGGGUAACCAUGCAUCAUUUUAGUUCCACUUCAGGUUACUUCAUAACUUUGUACUAGUCUAUCACAACAAAAUCCAAAUAAAUGCAUUAGAGUUU